UGAGAUAUGGGCUGUUGUGGUCCACCAACGAAUUCACUUGCGUCGUUUACACGGCCCCGUAGUCAACGGCAGGUCGUAUCGGACGGCGGAAUAGCCCCCCUACUCAACGCCGAUCAUCUCUUCUAGUUGUUCAAAAUAAAGUGCUGGAAGAACUGCGCUACACGGGAGGAGCACGGUCACUAAUUAUCGGGCCUUAAGGUUAACUCAGGCCGCGCCAAGCGCCAAUAGCUUCUUAACACCGCCGCCGUCCACCAACUAGCAAUCUUCUCUCCAGUUUCGCUUUUGAGCGUUCUUGGUUCCUUCAACGGCGUAAAAAAUCACUGAUGCCAUCAGGUCCGUAUGCUGAGCUAGUCAUGGGAUUGAGUAUGUGGGGUCAACUCAUGCAGGAUCCACUGAUCGGCUGGCUGGGGGAUCGCCCACACUGAUAGAGAACCAGAUCCUUGGGAUAUUAGCUGCGACAGAUGCUUAUGUUAUAUUUAUAAAAGGACCAAUGGAACAUGCAGAUUUGAUGAAAGUAAGAUUGUUUCUUCUGUUUCGAACUUAGGUGUCAUGUGUCUUGAUGAUGAUCAAAUUGCUGCUAAUCUUGUUAUGUUUGGUCCCCUUUUUAUUUGUAAGGGUCAGUUUUGUAUGAAAAGUUUCGAGGGGGAGAUAUUGUGUUGAUUGAAUCUUUUUAUGAAUUAUGGUAAUGUGUUAUGCUAUCAUUCAUUUUGUUUAAACCUUAAACAUGCUACGUAUAUCAUAAUUUUUUGAGGGGUUUGUAGGAGAAGUUUUUGGAGAGUGGCACAGCGCUUAGUCUAUAUCUUGAUAAAUAUCUGAGAGAGUAUAAAAAUUGAAAGGUUUAACAUAAUGUAUCAUAUGUGACGAUAUAACAUUUCAAUAAUCUCUUAUUUGUCUUCAUGUACAUUCUAUUUAUCAAGAUAUACGUUUAUUCGUCUCCAUGGACAUUCUAGUUAUCAAGAUAUACAUUACGACAUCCAAUGCCUUUCCGUCUUCACCCAAUACUCUCCAAAACCCUCCACAACCCUCCAUCCUAUUAUACCAUUAGGGUGUGUUUGGAGCUCAGACAUUGCUACAGAAAGAACACAAGAGAAAAGUAUACAACAAUAUUUCGAAGGUAAGAAAUUGUGAGGAAAAUGUUCAUAAUUAAUAGAAAUAAAUUUUGAUAGUAGCUAAGCUCAUUUUAUUUACCGAUUUCCAUUAUCUGAAGUUAAAGACUAACAAAUCUAAACAUGAGUGAAGUUUUUUAAACAUUGAGCACAUAUCGUUUAACUUUUCAUUUUCUAGUGUUAAACCAAUAAGAUAAAUUCCCCCGUGUUUUUUCCCCUUUCCGGGGUCCAAACACCCCUUAAAUGGCCACACUAUCUAAUUCUUUGUUGCAUUGGUACUUAUCUGUGUUGCAGUUGGGAUCAAUAUUGUGUUAAUGCAGACAUAUGUUUGUGGGAAGCAUUUGGAUAAUGUUGGGCUAUGGGUAUGGGCUCAGCCAGUUAUGCACGCAUAGGUCUUACGGACAAGCCUUACUGGAUCAUAAAACUGCUUAGAGGAGAGGGGUAUUAAAACUUUAAAAGAUUUGCAGGGGUGUAAAUACAGCAUAUAGUAAUGUCUCCAGAGUUGAUUCUCUAUGAUUUCAACUGUCAUUGGUAUUACCACUAAAUUAAUUUCUACUCUAGGUCGAAUAAGAUACCAUCAGAUAUGGGUAAAAGCGUCUCAUAUGGUUUCUGAUAUGUUCAUUCAUUAUAAGAUUAAGGUUAUGUUUGGAACUUUGGAUCCAAAAAAUGCUGGCAUGGACAAAGGAAAUUAGAGAAAAUGCUGCAUUAUUCUUCAGUUUGGUUUUAGCUUGCAAUAUACAGAAGGGUAUAAAUUGGUGGAAAAUUAUAGGAAAUUUUCAGGGAUGCUCUGUGAUUGUGACGUGUUUGUGUGUGAUAAUUCAGAUAUUUGGGUUCAUUGUUUUGGAUUUUAAGUCAUGUGAUGCUAAUUUUGUGUUUACUAUAUACUUAAAGAGAUAAAUGAAUAUGUAAACUCAAUUAUUGUUUUGGAGGACUCCUCCUUUUCUACGAUUUGUUUUGGAGAAAACGAACCUGUCAAGCGGCACGCCCAGCAAUUUUUUUUUUCGAGAAUUCUGGAACGAUUGGAGCAGCUGAGAAGACUAAGUAAGAAACGAGGACCAAGAUGCUGAAAGGUGUUGUUUUUGAUGGACUUUACUGGAUUAUUGGAGUUGCUUAUGCUUUGGCAGAAUGUUUCAAAGAGGACUUCAAAAAGUACUUUUGGUUUUGGGUUGGAUACUGGUCUUUUGUUACUCUGCUAACACAAUGUGAAAUGAAUUUACAUGAGUUGAUUUCAAGGAUUCCGCUCUUCAAUGAAGUUAAGGUGGUAUGCUUUGUGUGCUUCUGGUUCCAUAAAUUUCAGAGAGUAAGUAGUGGCUAUAUAGAUGGUAUUAUUUUGAAAGCCAAGAUCAAAAUUAACAACACCUUACGACAUCUUGAUUUGAUUCUUGCACGUUAGGCACCCGCUCAGCCAUGUGUUCCACCCAAACUUCGCAAAACUAGAAUAGCUUAGCUGCUCUUGGCGUGUUGUCUGCGAGUUAUGUGUUUGCCUAUUUUAUGGAACCAACAGGCUCAUUCAAAUUUAAAGAUUGGCUUAUCCUCCAGCUAAAUGGUUUCAUACUACCACCAACUGUUAUCCCUUUAGUGUGCUUUCUCGUAUUUUUGGGUUUCGUUUGGAAUAUUGCUCCACUGCAAUUUCAUGUGAGAUUGUUUAUUCAGCUUUUCUUGGUCUGCAUUUGCUUGGUGUUAGCACUUUUCGUGGAGAGCUACUUGGAGACAUAUUUGGGGUUUGUAAUGUGAUUUCAUGUCUUGGCGGCCAUCAAUUUCUUCGGGGCUUCAGAUAACUUGUAUAUAUGGCAUUUCAUAUCGGCCCUAUUCUUUAUACUUUUUGAAUUGGGAUUAUGUUAUAGUAGCUAUACUCCUAUUGAUGAAUAUAUAUGAUGGUAGGAAAAUAAUAUGUAUGGUUGUAGGAGCACUUAUUGGGAGAUGGUAGUUGUGGAUUUCUGUUUGCUAUGCUUAUUAGUUGCAGAUGGUAAUGUGGGCACUUUUUUUUUUGAGUUA